CUUCUUAUCAGGCAGUCAGUUCUCAAGCGCCAAAACAAACUUCAGCAGACUCCGGAGUCGAUCCCGCAGUGUGUGCGUGCUAAGUGCAACAAAAACCAACAGCGUCCAGCCCCUCAAGUCAGAAAGCCGCAUUAGGUCACAAAAAUGGCAUCGUUCAAAGCAACCAUCCUAUUCGCAGUCAUUGCCCUGUUCGCCCUCGUAUCCGCCAUCCCAGCUCCACAGCAGCCAGCGGCCCGGCAACCAAUUGAACCCCGCCCAGCUGGCGUUGGUCCUGCUGCAGCCGAUGAUCUGGAAGCAGCCUCCGAAGACAAGGACCUGAAGGGUGCCUCCUCGUUCGGCUACGGAUACUACGGCUACCCUGGCUACGGUUAUGGCGGUUACGGUUAUGGCUAUCCCGGCUACUACGGAUAUGGUCGUGGAUACCCGUACUACCGCUACGGAGGACUGUACGGAGGAUACUGGUACUAAACGAGUCUGCCUCCAGCAUCGAUCCCGCCGAUUUCGUGUCCCGUGAUGCCUACGGCUACAGGGCACACCCGUGUUCCGUACCUGUGCUAUCCAUUUCCGGUUUCAUCCCACCAUUAGUUCUUCCAUCGCAUACUUGACCCACCAGAAGGCGCGAACCCAGCGCGCCAACAACGGCUAACAAUCCAAAGGAUUCGCAGUACUGCUAUUGGCUUUGUUGUGAGCGAGCCGCCUUGUUCGAUAAUACCUCCCGCGUUUCCCAGUGGCACCCGGUGACGGGCGGCACCAGCUAUGGAAUUCCCUUUCGAUUCCCACUAGUUGGGUAACCGAAGCACAUGGAAGCCAUUCGCGGCGUCCGCGUUCCGCAUCGAGUGCCAUGGGCCAUCAGCCGUUUCUCCUUUGUUUGUUGUACUUAGCAUCUGUUUUUGUGUAUUCCAAAUGCUGCCGAAUUUAUGAGAAAAUGACAAAAAAAAUACUUUUGUAUAUACCUUCUACGUUUUCUAAUAAAAAAUAUUUAACUGAAA